AUCAUUGUCAAUACGAUGUUAAUGAUGUCACGGAACAGAUAAUUUCCAUUUGGGUUAACUCAUCGAGCAAGAAAACGAGUCCACGUCCGCACACAGCCUUUGCCGACUUCUGGCAUUGAGACAAAUCUACCAGUCAAUUUUGAACCAGAAACGUUUGAUGGUAUUCACACAGAAUAAUUAAUACCGACUCACACCAAGGCCUUUUCCAACAAAAAUAUAUUAAAAUAAUCUUCACCAAAGUAUACAAAUUGUAGCAUACAUCGAUACAUACAUCAUCUCAGAAAAACAAGAAGAUACAGAGGCCAAGAAAGAAGGGGCAAAGUUGCAAACAUGGUUCCAGCAGACAUGUUUGCUCAUCUUGGAUCCACGAUUGGAGGCUUGAUGUUUGUGUGGGCAAUCUUUCAACAAUACUUUCCUUAUGAAGUUCGGCGGCACAUCGAAAAAUACUCGCAGAGAUUGGUGGGUUAUGUGUAUCCUUACAUCCAAAUCACAUUCAAUGAGUUUACAGGGGAGCGUCUCAUGCGCAGCGAGGCUUAUUCUGCCAUCGAGAACUAUCUGAGCUCCAAAUCUUCCACCCAAGCGAAGCGGCUCAAGGCUGAUAUCAAGAACAACCAGUCCCUUGUUCUGAGCAUGGAUGACCAUGAGGAGGUCUCUGAUGAGUUCAAAGGGGUCAAAGUCUGGUGGGCUUCAGGCAAAAACAUUUCCAAGCAGCAGACUUUUUCAUACACUCCCAUCAAUGAUGAGAAAAGGUACUACAAGCUCAAUUUCCAUAAAGGGCAGAGGGAGCUCAUAAUUGGGCCUUACCUAACCCAUGUCUUGAAAGAAGGCAAAGCCAUUAGGGUCAGAAAUAGGCAGAGAAAGCUUUAUACCAACAAUGGCUCACAUUGGAGCCAUGUGGUGUUUGAGCACCCAGCAACAUUUAAGACACUUGCCAUGGAGCCAGAGAAGAAGCAGGACAUCAUUGAUGAUUUAAUGGCAUUCAGCAAAGCAGAAGAGUUUUAUGCAAGUAUUGGGAGGGCAUGGAAGAGAGGGUACCUUCUUUAUGGCCCACCAGGUACUGGGAAGUCCACUAUGAUUGCUGCCAUGGCCAAUCUUUUGGGCUAUGAUCUUUAUGAUCUUGAAUUGACUGCAGUCAAAGACAACACUGAGCUGAGGAGGCUGUUGAUUGAAACAUCAAGCAAGUCCAUUAUUGUAAUUGAAGACAUUGAUUGUUCACUUGAUCUGACAGGCCAAAGGAGGAAGAGAAAAGAGAAAGUGGAAGAGGAUGAAGAGAAAGAUCCAAGGGAAAAGCUGGCAAAAGAGGAAAGGGAAACAAAACCCAGCCAGGUGACUCUUUCUGGGCUUCUGAAUUUCAUUGAUGGGCUCUGGUCAGCUUGCCGUGGAGAGAGACUGAUAGUCUUCACAACCAAUUAUGUGGAGAAACUUGAUGCUGCUCUCAUCAGGAAAGGAAGGAUGGACAAGCACAUAGAAUUGUCAUACUGCAACUUUGAAUCAUUCAAGGUGCUGGCUAGGAACUACCUCAAGCUUGAAGCACACCAUUUGUUUCCCAAAAUUCGUGGGUUGCUGGAGCAAACCAAUAUGACUCCAGCUGAUGUUGCAGAGCAUUUGAUGCCCAAGUCCCUUACUGGGCUUGCUGAAAACUGCCUACACAAUCUGAUCCAAGCUCUUGAACAGGAAAUAGAGAAUGGGAAGCUGAAAGCUGAGGAG